AUGCAACUUCCAGAUACAGAUGUUACUUUAAGUAAACAACAACAACAAUCAAAUGGUAAACCUCAACAAUUAGAUAUUGAAUAUUUGCUUGAAGAGUUAACCCUUGAAGAAAAAAUUUCCUUAUUAGCUGGUAAAGAUUUCUGGCAUACUGUUCCUAUUGAACGUUUAAACAUUAAGAGUAUCAGAGUUUCAGAUGGUCCAAAUGGUAUUAGAGGUACCAAAUUCUUCAACAGUAUUCCAUCCAAUUGUUUCCCAUGUGGUACCGGUUUAGCUGCUACUUUCAAUAAAGAUUUAUUGGUAGAAGGUGGUGAAUUAAUGGGUAAGGAAAGUAAGAUGAAAGGUGCUCACGUUAUCUUAGGUCCAACUACAAACAUCAUUCGUUCUCCUCUUGGUGGUAGAUCAUUUGAGUCUUAUUCUGAAGAUCCAUUAUUAGGUGGUGUGGCUGCUGCUUGUGUUUGUAAGGGUAUUGCCAACGAAAAUGUUGUUGCUUGUAUAAAACAUUUUGUUUGUAAUGAUCAAGAAGAAGAAAGACGUUGUGUUGAUACUCGUUUAACUGAUAGAUCAUUAAGAGAAAUCUACUUGAAACCAUUCCAAAUUGCUCUUAGAGAUUCUAACCCAGGUGCUAUUAUGACUGCUUAUAACAAGGUUAAUGGUGUUCAUGUUUCUGAAUCAAAGGAAAUCCUUCAAAACAUCUUAAGAAAGGAAUGGAAUUGGGAUGGAUGUACUAUGUCUGAUUGGUAUGGUAGUUAUUCUACCAAGGACUCUCUUGAUGCUGGUUUAAACUUGGAAAUGCCAGGUCCAACUAGAUUUAGACAAGUUCUUCAAACUGUUCAUAAAGUUCAAGCUAACUUGAUUCAUCCAGAUGUCAUUGACGAAAACGUUAGACAAGUUUUGAAAUUAAUUAACGCCGGUUUGAAAGCAGGUAUUCCAGACGAUGUUAUUGAAUCCGCUAAUGAUUCGCCAGAAGCUAGACAAUUGUUAAGAAAGAUUGGUGAUGAAUCUAUUGUCUUAUUAAAGAAUGAGGAUAGUAUCUUGCCAUUAUCUAAGACUUCUACUGAAACUAUUGCUGUUAUAGGUCCAAAUGCUAAGGCUUCCCAAGACUCCGGUGGUGGUUCUGCUUCUAUGACUACAACCUACAGGACUACUCCAUAUGGAGGAAUUGAACAAAAAGUUAAAGAAGGUGGUAAUACUGUUAGUUUAACUUAUGCUCUUGGUGCUUUCUUGGAUAAGAAUGUUCCAGAUAGUGCUGCUGUUUUAGAAAAUGAACAAGGUGAAAAAGGUUUAAUUACUGCUAAAUUCUUCCACUCUGCUCCUGGUACCCCAAACCGUCAACCAUUUGAAGAAUUAUCUUUAGACACGUCAAGAUUAUUCCUCAUGGAUUUCAAGAGUGACAAUUUAGAUCCAGAACAAUUAUUAUACUAUGCUGAUUUAACUGGUUACUUCACUCCUGACGAAACCGCUGAAUAUGAAUUUGGUUGUUCAACCUUCGGUACUGCCCAAGUCUUUGUUGACGGUAAGUUGGUUGUUGACAACAAAACGAAACAAGUCAAGGGUGAUGCUUUCUUGUUAGGUAUGGGUACCAGAGAAGAACUUGGUUCUAUUCAUUUAGAAAAGGGUAAGAAAUAUCAUAUCAAGGUUGAAUUUGGUACUUCUCCUACUUAUACUCUUCAAAUUGAUGCAUCUGAACCUGGUGGAGUUUACUUUGGUGUUCGUAUUAAGUCUAAUCCCGAAGAUGAAAUUGCCAAGGCAGUUAAAGUUGCUCAAUCUGCUGACAAGGUUGUUCUCGUUGUUGGUUUAUCUAAAGAAUGGGAAUCUGAGGGUUUCGAUCGUCCAGAUAUGGAUAUCCCGGGUUAUACUAAUAAAUUGGUUGAAGAAGUUAUCAAGGUUAAUUCAAAUGUUAUUAUUGUCAACCAAUCUGGUUCUCCAGUUACUAUGCCAUGGGCUGACAAGUCUAAGGCUUUGGUGCAAGCUUGGUUUGGUGGUAAUGAAUUAGGUAACACUAUUGCUGAUGUGUUAUUUGGUGAUUAUAACCCAUCAGGUAAAUUAUCUAUGACCUUCCCAAAGAAAUUACAAGAUGCUCCUUCUUAUAUUAACUUUGGCUCCAACAAGGGACAAGUUUGGUACGGUGAAGAUGUCUUUGUUGGUUACAGAUAUUAUGAAAAGGUUGGUAGGGAUGUCUUAUAUCCAUUUGGUUAUGGUUUAUCUUAUUCUACAUUUGAUAUCAAGAAUUUCAGACUUACCACAAGUGAAAGUUCGAUAGAUGUCAAGGUUGAUGUUACUAAUACUGGUAAGGUUGAUGGUGCUGAAGUUGUUCAAUUAUAUAUUGAACAAGUUAACCCAAGUAUUACCAGACCAAUCAAGGAAUUAAAGGAUUUUGGUAAGGUAUUCUUAAAGGCUGGUGAAACCAAGACAGUUGAAUUGAGUGUUUCUAUUAAGGAGGCUACCUCUUAUUGGAAUAGUUUUGUUAACAAGUGGCAAUCCGAUAAGGAUACUUACAAGGUAUUAGUUGGUAAUAGUUCUGACAACAUUUCUGUUCAAGGUGAAUUCUCAACCAAGAAGACCUUCACUUGGACUGGAUUAUAA